AUGUGUGACACCAGCUGCUCCUCAGGCUGCCAGCCAUCCUGCUGCGUGUCCAGCCCCUGCCAGCCAUCCUGCUGCCCAUCCUGCUGCAGGCCUGCUGUAUGCAUUCCUGUGAGAUACCAGGUGGCUUACUGUGUGCCUGUGAGCUGUAGGCCCACUGUGUGCAUGGCCCCCUCCUGCCAGUCCUCUGUGUGUGUGCCAGUGAGCUGCCGGCCUAUCUGUGUGACCUCCUCCUGUCAGUCAUCUGGGUGCUGCCAGCCCUCCUGCCCCACCCUGGUCUGCAGACCUGUCACCUGUGGCACCCCUUCUUGCUGCUGA